GAACCUCCGGCGGCGGCUCGCGGGUGGCAAAGCGUGCACCGCGCACGUUGCCUCGUCUGGAACCCCGGCCCUGCCUUUCUGGCGCUCCGCAGCGAGAGCUGCUCGAACGUGGGCGAGGCUCGCGGGAGGGUCCCGGGCCUCAGUUUCCCCGUCUGUGACACGGACCCCGCGAGCAGCGGCCCCAGGAGGGUCGUUGUGAUUGACCAGAUGUCAGUCUGCGCGGGCCGCGGCACGCGUCUGGGCAGCUGUCACCCGGCGCGAGUGUGCUGCAGUGGGGGGCAGUGGGUAUGGUUUGGGGGGUGUCGUGAGCCGGCCUGCUGCCGGGGUAACUGGAGUCUCUUUAAAUUCUGACUCACGGGCGCUCUCCUCCGAGCGCUCCCGUUGGUUACACCCCGGCUAAGUCAGGUCGGAUGUUGCUAGGUCGCCUGGAGGUUUCUAGGGCCGAGCAGCCCAGAAGACGCGCGCGCGGCCUCGAGGGAGCGCUCCGGGCACUGAGCGCCCGCGACCGACGCGCCGGUGCUGGUGGUGACACGGAGGCCCGUCGGCGGCCACCGCCCGAUCCUGCAGGGGAAUCGAGACGGCGUCCUUCAGAAGCCGACCAUGAAUGGCUCCGAGAACCACCCCACGUCCUACGACUACGACCUCAUCAUCGUCGGCGGGGGCUCGGGAGGACUGGCAGCUGCCAAGGAGGCAGCCAAAUAUGACAAGAAGGUAAUGGUUCUGGAUUUUGUCACUCCAACCCCUCUCGGAACUAGAUGGGGUCUCGGCGGGACGUGUGUGAACGUGGGCUGCAUCCCCAAGAAGCUCAUGCACCAGGCUGCUCUGCUGGGCCAGGCCGUGCGCGACUCUCGCAACUACGGCUGGGAUAUCCAGGACUCAGUUAAACACGACUGGGAGAAAAUGACAGAAGCUGUGCAGAAUCACAUUGGCUCGCUCAACUGGGGCUACCGGGUGGCUCUGCGGGAGCGCAAGGUCACCUAUGAGAACGCCUAUGGCCAGUUUGUUGGUCCUCACACCAUCAAGGCAAGAAAUAACAAAGGCCAAGAAAAAACGUAUACAGCGGAGAGGUUUCUCAUUGCCACUGGUGAAAGGCCGCGGUAUUUGGGAAUCCCUGGUGACAGAGAAUACUGCAUCAGCAGUGAUGACCUUUUCUCCUUACCGUACUGCCCGGGGAAGACUCUGGUGGUCGGAGCAUCCUACGUUGCUUUGGAAUGUGCUGGGUUUCUCGCUGGCAUUGGCCUAGAUGUCACGGUUAUGGUGCGGUCCAUUCUCCUUAGAGGAUUUGACCAGGACAUGGCCGAAAAAAUCGGUGAACACAUGGAAGAGCACGGUGUCAAGUUCAUCAGAAAGUUCGUGCCAAUACAGAUCGAACAGAUUGAAGCCGGGACACCUGGCCGACUCAAGGUGGUGGCCAAGUCCACGGAGGGCGACGAGACCAUCGAGGGAGAGUACAACACGGUCCUGCUGGCAAUUGGAAGAGAUGCCUGCACGAGGAAAAUUGGUUUAGAAACCGUGGGUGUAAAGAUAAAUGAAAAGACUGGAAAAGUGCCCGUCACCGAUGAAGAGCAGACCAACGUGCCUUACAUCUACGCCAUCGGCGAUAUCCUGGAGGGGAAGCUGGAGCUCACCCCCGUGGCCAUCCAGGCGGGCAGGCUGCUGGCACAGCGGCUGUACGCUGGCUCCAGGAUAAAGUGUGACUAUGAAAACGUUCCAACAACUGUAUUUACUCCAUUGGAAUAUGGUGCUUGUGGUCUUUCUGAAGAGAAAGCUAUAGAGAAAUUUGGGGAAGAAAAUAUUGAGGUUUACCACAGUUUCUUUUGGCCCUUGGAAUGGACGAUCCCAUCGAGAGAUAACAACAAAUGUUACGCGAAAGUCAUCUGUCAUAUCAAAGACAACGAGCGCGUCGUGGGCUUCCACGUCCUGGGCCCGAAUGCUGGAGAGGUGACCCAGGGCUUCGCGGCCGCCCUCAAGUGCGGACUGACCAAGGCCCAGCUGGACAGCACCAUUGGGAUCCACCCCGUGUGUGCAGAGGUCUUCACGACGCUGUCGGUGACCAAGCGUUCUGGCGGCAACAUCCUGCAGGCCGGCUGCUGAGGUUAAGCCCCGGUGCGGGUGCCGCCCGCCACACUCCGCCCCGCGCCCCUCCGGCCCCGAGCCAGGGCGAGGAAGACUUCGGGAACGGUCUCGAACUUCUUCUCCGGCCCGGGGCGCCCCUCGCGCUCUCCGUGGGGGUCGGAAGCAGCGGGCGGAAGGCAGACGGCACCGCACUGGGGUUCCCGCCAGCGGCUGAGCCCGGCGCCCGGCAGGCACCCCAGGGUGCGUCCAUGAAGUCACCGGCCUCAAGCCUGCGGGUGGGCAGUGAUGGAACCUUGUCGGCGCUCUUCAGCCUCCCUCUCUGAGGGCCCUUCCCCGCCUGGAGGACCCUCCCCCCCUCUCCCUAUAGACUCCUCUUCUCUCCCUCUCUGUCUUAAGGCGUUACUGGUCCUAGUUAGGAAAAAAGGUUAGCAGUGGGCUCUGGCUUAGGGCUGGGUGGGCACCUUGCCCCGUGAAGGAGCACUGCCCAGACCCAGUCGCAGUGAACAGUGUACGACAUCCCCUCCCUGUUUAGCAGUGUCCCCUGAUUUAAAAGAAAAAAAAAAAACCCGUUUCCAAAGCAAGUCAGUGGAAGGCUGGGUCUGGCCCGGGCGUGGCUGCUCGCGGGCAGGGGGCGGCUGGCUUGGCCCUGGAGCUGGACACAGAGUGUCCCGCUGUGCUUUCCCAUCUGUCUGUCUGUCUGUCGUGUCCUUUUUCUGAGAACUGUGCCCGUAGGAACACAAUUCUUUCCACCCUUUUGUAAUCAUCCCAUUUUAAAGCAAACGCGUACUCGCCUAAGUUAUUCUCCAACACAGGUGGAUGUGAAGGAUUUUCAGAAGAAAACUAAAACCAAACCAAACCUGGUGGUUUGGGAGCCAGCGAGAUCGAACAGGGUUUAAGGCGCUCACCUUGCCGAAUCUGAUGACGAGCAUUCAUCCGGCCCUUUGAGCACUUGCUCAGGAGCAAGCCCUGAGCACUGAGCCGGGGAGAGCCCCUGAGCAUAGCUUGGUGUGGCCCCGGAACCAAAUAACACCACCCCCCCAAAAAAAAAAAAGACCCCAAGUGGUUUUGACUUUCUGUGCCCCUGGGCUUUGUCGGGUGGUGCCCGCCCACAGUGGCUCUUCCUGCCAGCGCUGCCCCCGGCCCGGCUGAACACACAAUGCCCAGUGGCCGCGGGGCUUCUGCGGGCGGCUCAGCCCGGCCCGCCCGGCCCAGCGGCGACCCUGAGCGGCUCCUUCCAAGUGCAUUUCUUGGUCACCUCAGGGAACCCCCUCGUCUUCCUGGCGCUCGGUCGGCAGAGCACCUGGCCCUGCCCACCCGGCCCUGCCUCCCGCCCGUCCUGGGCCCCGGAAGCAAGGAGGGAAAGAAGGGGCCCUGGAGGCCGGGUGCAUUUUUAUUUAUUCUUAUUAAUUUUUUUUAAUUGUUUUCCCCCCUCCGAAUCUGCCCAUCUCUGCCAUGGAAACAAUAGACAGCUGACAGGGUCCCGUCUAAUCAUGUUGUGGCUCCCUCUGAGCGGGCAGAGCGUUCUGUCCCCACCGGGAGGGUCACAGAAGGCCUCGUGGCGAGCCUUGUGCAGAGUCUGCCCACCCGGUGCGCUGACGCACAUCCAGGAUCUCGUCUGUUUUUGUUGUCUGUCUCCUGAAGAGAAGCAAUGUGAAACAUUAAAAGUGUUAAUGCCCA